GAGAGACAUAAAACUAGAAUGUUACUUUCUUCCCCAGUAGUUUUCAUUUUCUUGUUUGUCAUGCUUUGUUUAUAUUCACCAAUUACAUUCGAAUUUUGAAUCUUUAUCCACUAUGGAAGACCCAGGAACAGAUCGCAGCCACCAUGAAUCUGUACCUUCUUCUUCGUCACCAUCUACCUCACAGGCCCAAGAACAAACAGAGCAGCAAUCAGAGCAGAGAAGAUCAACUAGUGCUUUCACUUACCGCGUCAAUGUGCUGAUAUCUGAUGUGGCAGCAUUUGAUAUGAACGAUGAUCUUUGGUCUGGCUUUAUUAUGCUAGCCACGUUAUGGUUCUUUGCAUUUAUGACUUUGAUUCUUGGUUUCUUUGGAUCCGAUGAUAUACAACUUGGUCCAAAUUGCUCACGUCUCAUUCAAACUAAUCCAUUCUUUGUUCAGACCAUUAAGGCACAGGAACUUGAGGGUACAAAACCUGGGUCAGUUUUAUAUGGAUUCUAUACACGUCCUCCUUUGGAUGUUGAAAUAACUUGGAAUGAAUCACAUCAUACACUUGUGACAACUGCUUAUCAUAACGAAUGGGUAUACUUUCUAAACAAAGGGUCAACAGUAGAUAUAUAUUACCAUGUCAAACCUUCAACUUCCUCACCUUUAACACUCGUCAUUGCAGAAGGUAGAGAAAGCCUGGUUGAAUGGAUAGAGGAUCCUUCAUAUGGUAACACAACAUUGUCUUGGAAUAUAAUUUAUGGAAGUGGUAAGAUCCAUCAGGUAAUUUCAGAGUCUUCAACAUAUUAUAUUGCAGUAGGGAACUUGAACCCUGAGGAUGUUGAGGUAAACUUGGAAUUCAACAUAAAGUCCACUCUUUAUAAUACCUCCCAGGCAUAUUACAGGUGCUCCAUAUAUAAUCAAUACUGCAGCCUAAAGCUUUCCCUCUUAGGGGAAACUUCUGCUGUCUUAACUUCUCCAGGUCCUGAAGAGGAGGAUGACUGGUACGUCAAACUGUCAUAUGGACCACGAUGGCUCAUUUAUUUUCUUGGAUCAGGUGUGUUGACUGUGCUCCUGUUAAUAGCCUUUAGAGUUUGUAGCAUUUUCCGAAGUGCUGGUGAGGAUCGAACAGACUUUCAAGGAAACGAGGCAUCACCUGUACAAACACCAUUGCUUUUACCCAAAGAUGAUGAUGCUUUGAGUUGGGGUUCAUCCUAUGAAAGUAUUUCAAAUGAUGAAGAGAAUUUAGAAGAAUUCCUUGGUGUGAAUACCCUUGAAGGGAAGUCAAUAAAUGGAGGGAACGACAACAAUACUCAGCGUCUUUGUGUCAUUUGCUUUGAUGGACCAAGAGACUGCUUCUUUCUUCCAUGUGGGCACUGUGCUACCUGUUUUACUUGUGGAACAAGGAUUUCCGAAGAGGCUGGAACUUGUCCCAUUUGUCAUAGGAAGAUGAAGAAAGUGAGGAAGAUAUUUUCAGUUUGAGGUCUGAGGCUCUGAGCUAUGUAUAUAUGUGAACCAAAAUUGCCUCUCUCCUUUAUUGUGUACAAUUCAUGAGGUUUGGUUUUUAGAUGGAGCUUUGUGGAGGCUGUCAACAUAGCUUUUGCAGUUUCCUUUGUCUUGAUUUGAGUUUUUCGGGGUUCUUCUCUGUAUCAUUGUAGCUUGAGUUGGAAAAUACAAUCACAGAUGUAAUUGUUCAUAAAUUGAAACUGAUGUUUGUACAAUGCAAAACUUUACAAUCUUUUCUCA